AUGUUGACCUUCGACUUAAAACUGGAGCUUGGAAAAACUCGCGAAUUUCUCGUACUUGACGAUUGGCAUCCUGACAAUGAAACCCAAUUGGAAUUGAGAAAAAAUGAUAUCAUCUUGACAAUCGAGCCAGCUGAGGGAAAUAAAUUCAAUGGUUUCGGUUUGGGAACGAAUCAAAGAACGAGAAAAUUCGGACUAUAUCCAAAUUAUUUGGUGCGAGAAAAAUGGCGCACUUUCAACUUCUCAGUUUUCAAU